CUGCCCCUGCACACCCCAUACCUGCCCGCUCCGCUGUGCCCUGCGCUGAGCCAGCCCAGCUACAAAAGCGUGUCCUGACCGCAGGCUCCUGGGAUGGCGUCUGGCAAGCGGGACCCCCAGCCGGGGGACCUGAUCGAGAUCAACCGAGGAAUUUACCGGCACUGGGCUCUCUACUUGGGCGAUGGAUAUGUCCUCAACGUGACUCCUGUAGAUGAAGGGGCUCCAUCCCUGUUGGUGAGCACCAUGUCAAUAUUUACUAGAAAGGCCAAGGUGAAGAAGCAGCUCCUGAAGGAGGUGGUGGAAAAUAACGACUGGAAGGUCAACAACAAGUAUGACCAGUCCCACACUCCUCUCCCAGUGAAGGAGAUCAUCCAGCAUGCUGAGCUCUACAUUGACAUGGAGGUGCCCUAUGAUGUGCUCAGCAAAAACUGCGAGCACUUUGUGACAAUGCUCCGCUAUGGCGAGGGGGUCUCUGACCAGGCCAAGAUAGCAAUUGGUAGCAUGUUGGCAGUAGGAGCUGUUGCUGUUGCCUCCACUGUCUUGGUGGGCUUGCUCAGGGGCAAAUCCAGAGAGAAGGAGUACUGAUGGUUUGUCAGAAAGAGCUCAGAGCAAAGCAAUAGCCUGUGGCCAUGGAGGGUCACUGCCCAGCUUCUGCGACAACUGCCACGGGGGCAUACUAACAAGAGGCACUCUUGCUGACAAAAUAACCAAAUCAAAGCCUUAAUAAAAUCUAAAAAAACCCCAAAAUAAUAUUGCCAUAAAAUCCUCUUCUUUGCA